CUCCAGUAAUAUUUUUAGAAAGCACCUCUCCCGCACGAUUCUGCCCUUGGUUCAAUCUCAACCUCCACACAACCACCACAACCCGACGUCUAAUAGGUCUCGUGGACUAAUAUCAGCCCUUUCUUGACGAACGCACGAGCCUCGUGUUCCCUAGUUUACGUUCACACCUCUCUUUGAUUCCUUGAUAUUGAAAAUCUAGAACGCAGGGGAAGCUUGUGUUGCAUCAUCACCAUCAUGGCAUCUGCAGACGAGAAGCCACCAGUCUUCAAUUACAUCCUCAGCUUCGUUCUUGUCGGCCUCGCGUGGGGCUUCACAACCCCUUUCAUCCGUCGUGCCGCUCAAUCACAUAAUCCACCUGCGCAUCCAGUGCUCGAGAGCCCAUCAGUCCAAUCUAGCUGGCUGAAGUCAAAGUUAUACGGAGCUUUCUUUGCGGUCAUUGACCUCUUGAAGAACCCUCGUUACGCGAUCCCGUUGGUUCUUAAUCUUACGGGAAGUAUCUGGUUCUUCUUGCUUAUUGGACAGGCUGAAUUGAGCUUGACUGUGCCGAUUGUAAACACGCUGGCGUUCCUCUUUACCGUUCUGGGUGAUUGGUACGUUGAUGGUAAGGUGAUCAGUAAAGAUACUGCUGUUGGAAUGGCUCUUAUGUUGGUUGGAAUUGGCUUGUGUGUUCAGAGCAAGCGUUGAAAGACUACGUAAUAUAUAUUUGAAUGUCAAUGAUUUUAUAUAAAAGAAAUGCCUUCUUCGGAUUGGUUACCAAAGAAUGGGAGCAACCUGCAUGAGAGACUCCACUUCUGAGGGGACUUAUUUGGUGAAUAUGAACCACAAUCGUUAAUGGGGCAUGUAAGACAGCUAUUCAAAGCAUGCAGGAGGAAAGGUAGAGUAAAUA